GAGAGCGGCUGUUGGGGACGGGGAGAGGGCAGCAGGUGGCGUCAGCAGUCAUUACACCCCCUCGUACUGCUUUAGGGGAACCUCUCGUGCGGUAACGGGAAGAACCCGCCCGCCCGCCUCUACCGAGGCCCAGAAGGGCAGAGAGUCCCUCGUUCGGCCGCCGCAGCCUCGUCCUCGGUUACGUCCCUCCGCCGCUGCUCUCGCCCAGUCGUCAUGUUCAAGAAGCUGAAGCAGAAAAUCAGCGAGGAGCAGGCUUCGCCGGCCUCACGGAGCCCCAGCGGUGGUUCCCCGAAACAACUCCAGGAACCCUCUACAUCUUCACCGUCAACAACCAGAAGUAGAACAUCUUCAACUUUAGAGCAAAAUGAUGAAGGCACUUUAACACCCAACAGAGAGCUGCUAGCUGAGAUGAUAUCAGAGCCAGCUUUUCUUUCUGAGUAUACUGUCUUUGCUUUGGAUCCUACCAAACAACUUAAACCACAGAGUGAGAGUGUGCAUGUGUCUAAGAAAGUAACACCCAACACUAAUAAUAGUGAAAGUGAACCAUCUUCACCGCAGCCUAGUGAUGUCCAGUCUUUUGCACAGAAGCUUCAGCUUCGAGUUCCUUCAAUGGAAUCAUUGUUUCGAAGCCCCUUAAAAGAGUCACUGUUUCGCUCUUCUUCUAAAGAAUCUUUAGUCCGGACUUCCUCAAGAGAUUCACUGAACAAACUGGACUUUGAGAGUCCAACUUUUGAUCCACCCUCUGAUGUUGAAAGUGAAGCAGAAGAAUUGCCUGGAAAUGUGGACAGUCUCCCCAAGGAACAGCUAUUGCAACGGUUGCGUAGGAUGGAGAGAAGUUUAGGCAGCUACAGAGGAAAAUAUUCAGAGCUAGUUACUGCCUAUCAGGCUGUGCAAAGAGAAAAGAAAAAGUUACAGGGAAUAUUGAGCCAGAGUCAAGAUAAAGCACUUCGCAGAAUUGGUGAAUUGCGAGAGGAACUCCAGAUGGAUCAACAGGCCAAAAAGCAUCUUCAGGAAGAGUUUGAUGCAUCAUUAGAAGAAAAGGAUCAACUCAUCAGUGUCCUGCAAACUCAGGUGUCCUUAUUGAAACAACGGUUGCAGAAUGGACAAAUAAGUAUUGAAUUACCUGAUCCAAAUGUUCAAACUCAACCACAAGUUCAGAGCCCAACAAAGGACAUAAAUGCAGAGAACGCCUUGCAACCAGGGAGUCCUGGUGGUGAUGGGGAUUCUGCUCAAACACUAGAAAAUCUUACUCAGCGAGUAAAACGUCAAGAGAACCUGCUUCAUCGAUGCAAAGAAACAAUUCGAUCACAUAAAGAGCGCACGGCACAACUAACCAGUGAGAAAGAAGCACUGCAGGAACAACUAGAUGAGAGACUUCAGGAGCUAGAAAAAAUGAAGGAACUUCAUUUGGCUGAAAAGACCAAACUGAUUACUCAACUCCGUGAUGCCAAGAACUCAAUAGAACAGCUAGAGCAAGAUAAGGGCAUGGUAAUAGCAGAAACAAAACGGCAAAUGCAUGAAACGCUGGAAAUGAAGGAAGAAGAAAUUGCCCAGUUGCGUGCUCAUAUCAAGCAAGUUGUUAUGCAAAGUGAGGAGCUGAAAGAACAGAAAGAAAAGUCUGAAAAAGCUGCAUUUGAAGAGCUUGAGAAGGCUCUUAGUACAGCCCAAAAGACUGAAGAAGUACGUAAGAAAUUACAAGCAGAAAUGGAUGAAAAGAUCAAGGCUGUAGAAAAAGCGAGUGAAGAAGAGCGUGUGAGCCUUCAGCAAGAGUUAACAAGGGUGAAGCAGGAGGUGGUUAAUAUCAUGAAGAAAUCUUCAGAAGAACAAGUUACUGAGCUGGAGAAGUUACAUAAAAAUGAAAUAGCUAGCAAAGAACAGCUGUUAAAUGAUAGACUACGGGCUCAAGAUCAGGCAUUCCAGGAACAACUGAAAGCAGCUCUUGAAAAGUGCCAGAGUGAACAUCUACAGCUCAUACAUGAAAAAGAACAACAAGAGUCAUUAGCCUUAGAAGAACUGGAAUUGCAAAAAAAGGCAAUUCAGUUGGAGUGUGACAAAAAGCUUGAGGAAAUGCAGCAAGAAGUAGAAACCUUCAGAACUAGAAUUCUUGAAUUGGAAAGUUCCCUUGCAAAGUGUUCACAAAAUGACAAAAACCAGACAGAAGAAAUGAAUGUUCAGUUAGAAUCAGAAAAAAAUAAGCAGAAUAAAGUAAUUGCUGCUAUGGUUGAAAAACAUAAAGAAGAGCUUGAGAAUAUGAAGCGGCAAGAGCAGCAAAUUUGGACAGAAAAACUAGAAAUGCUAAGGCAGGGGCAACAGUCAGAAAUACAGAAAUUGGAAAGGCAUCAUGAGGAAGAAAUAGCUAAAAUUUUGAAAGAGAAAGAGACUUUAUUUCAUGCCCAUAUAGAAGAGAUGAAUGAGAGAACUUUAGAAAAGCUUGAUGUGAAACAGACAGAGCUUGAAGCACUCUCUUCUGAGUUAUCAGAUACAUUAAAAAUCCGUCAAGAUCUUGAACAGUGUCUGUCAAAGUUAAAAGAUGAAGCAGAUAAAGCAAAGCAAGAAUUUGAGGCAAAACUGGAUGAGCAGAAGAAUCAUCACAAAAAACAAGUUGAAGCUAUCUUUAAAGAUCAGGAAAUAUCUGAGAAAACAUUGAAAGAAGAAAUAAAUCAACUCAAGCUACUCUUGGAAGCAAAAGAAAAAUGCCAAGAGGAAUUGGAAGAUCAGUUGAAAAAAAUAAAAGAAACUUUAGUAAAGACUGAAACUGAGAGUAAAAAGAUGUCUGCAGACCUAGAUGCCCUUUGUCAGUCCAGACAGGACAGUGUCAAAGAACAGGAAAGUAUAUAUGAACAGAAGUUAACAGAUUCACAACAAUUGUUAGCAGAUGUAAAAGCUGAAAAAUCACACCUUGAAGAACAGAUUGUAAAAACUGAAACUCAACUGAAUGAAAUCAAAUCUGAAUUAGACUCUCAGAUAUCCCAGGUAAAUGAUUUGAAAUGUGAACUGGAAGAGCAAAAGAAAAAAAAUACUCAGAAUAUUUCCUCUGUGACAGACCAAUUUGAAUCACAGUUAAGAGACCUUAGAGAAGAGAUCAGUCAGGCAAAGAGUCGGUUUACUGAUAAAGAAAAUGAGCUUGCACAAAUGAAGGGGCUGUUGAACCAACAAAUUGAUGAGCUUAAGCAGCACUUAUCGGCCAAAGAGGAGGAAAUGAAUGUUUUAAAAGGUGAAUAUGAAAUCAGAUUAAAACAACAAGAGAUAGAAAUAGAGAAAGUUAAUGAAAAAGCAAAGGAGAUGCAAGCAAUGUUGAAGAAGAAGCUUUCAGAACAGGAAGCAAAACUGAAAAAGGAGAUUGAAAAUAAACAAUUGGAGUUUAGUCAGAAAGAGAAGCAGUUCAAUUCAAAAAUACUGGAAAUGGCUCAUGCCAGUUCAGCUGAUGUAAGUGAUGCUGUAUCAAAACUGGAGAGAAAUCAGAUAGAACAGCUAGAAAGCCUUGCUGAAAUUCAUAGACAAGAGCUAGAAGAAGUUGUAGAAACAUGGAAAAAGAAGAUGAGUCAGCAGGCUGAAGAACUUCAGGAAAAGCAUGAAAUAGAGUUACAAGAAAAAGAAAAGGAAUUAGCAAAUGUGAGACAGAAAGUGACCACCUUAAGUGCUGAAAAAGAAGGGAAUAAUGUAGAAAUUACUAGGUUAAAGGAAGAACAGACAAAGUGGGAGAAAUCUAUAAAUGAGCUGCAAGACCAGCUGCAGCAGACACUAACUGAAGUAACUGCUUUGACACAGAAAGAGACUGAACUGAAAAUGCGAUGUGAGAAACUAGAGGGUGACCUCAGUUUGUGCUUGAAGGAGAAGAUAGCAGUUCAGGAACAGCUUAGUGAAAUAGAGGCAGUAGGAGAAAAAGAGAAGAAUAGAGUUAGUGAACUAGAAGCUAAAUUAAAAGCAUCUGAUGAACAGUUACAGGGUUUGAAAUUAUCAAAUGCAAAAGAGCAUGAGAAAUAUGAGAAAAUUAUUGAUGCCAAAGAUUUAGAGCUUCAACAACAAAAAGCUGAAUUUGAAAAGUUUGUAAAGGACUCAGCCACACAGUUGGAGGACUAUCAACAGAAAGCGGCAGCUUUGUUACAAACAAAAACUACUGAGCUGUUUGAAAAAUUCAAUGAAAAGAUUUCUCCGGUAAUUAGUAGAGUUGUACAUUGUCAGCACCAGGCAACAAUAAUUAAAGAAACAAUAUUAAGGAAAACCUGUCAAAUUCUUGACCUCAAAGCUCAACUUAAACAAAUAACAGAGAGUCAUGAUAUUUUAACAAGCUGUUUCCAAGAAUCAAAGCAACACUUGCAGGAAAAGGAAAACUUGAUGAUAUCUAUGAAAGUUGACAUGGAAAGGCUUGUAACAGAAAAAGAGCAAUUGCGAAAAGAAGGAGGGCACCAGCAGAAAGCAGCAACAGAGAAGGAAACUUGUAUCACAGAGCUGAAGAAAGAAUUAUCUGAGCAUAUUAAUCUAGUCAGUUCCAUGAAGAAGGAGGUGAAUGAGAAGACACAGGAGAUCACAGACCUUAACAAACUUGUCAGUGAAUUAAACCUGAAACUUGAAAAUAACAGUUCAGAAAAAGAUUCUGCCACAGCAAUGGAAAACAAACAACUCAAAGAGAAUCAGCUAAAGUUAAUGAAUGAAGUGCAGGAAUUGUCUUCCAAAGUUGAAACACUGGCUCAGGAAAAAGCAACAGCUCUUGAACAAGUAGAUCACUGGAUGAACAAAAUGUCUGAUUGGAAGAAAAAAGCCCAGUUAAGUUUUACACAGAACCAUAAUACUAUCAAGGAGUUACAAAACAAAGUUGAAUUGAGUAAUAAUCAAGCUAUUGAAAAAGAAGAAGAAUUGACUAGAAUGAAGGAAGAAUGUGAUAAACAAACCAAGUAUGUAGAACAUUUGAAAGGCUUAAUAGAACAACAGCAGAACAGAAGAGACAAACAGGACUCAGAUUUGGUUGCUAAGUUAAAAAUCCAUACAGCAAGAAUUGCUGAGCUAGAGGAACAUAUUGUUCGGAAAACAGCAGAAAAUGAUUCUUUAAUGGAUGAGCUCAAAAAGUACAAUGAGCAAGACAGUAAUCAGAAAGAACUGGCACAAAAGCUUGAACAAGCUCAAGAAGCAGUUGUAGAAAAGGAUAAUAGGCUUAAGGAGAUGGAACAAGAAGUACUACUUUUUGAAAAGAAAAUGCAGACUAUGGAAAUUGACCUUGAGGAAAAAGCAAAAGAAUUUGAAGAAACAAAAAUGUCUCUAAUAAAAAGCAAAGAGGAAGAGUUAAAGGCUUUAGAAGACAGACUAAUUUCAGAAACCACUGCUAAAAUAGGAGACCUGAAAAAAAAGUCUGAACAAAAAAUUGCUUCCCUUAGAAAGCAGUUCACAUCUCAAAUGGAAGAAAAGGAACAGCAGUAUAGAGAAGAUAUGGAAAAGCAGUUACAAGAAAAAAUGCAAGAUAAAGAAAAGAAGAUAAUGUUUUUGGAAGAAAAAAUUAGAUUAAUAGAUUCAGAGUUAGAAAAGGAGACGGUACAGAAAAUGGAAGCCAUCAAAGUUUCCACAGAUCAGGAAAACAUACAACAGAUGUAUGAAUUAAAAAUUGAUACAUUACAAAAGGAUUUAUUGGAAAAAGAAAGACUGCUAAAGACCUUUGAUGAAGAACAAAAGAAAUGUGUUCAAUCAAAGCUGGAGGUUCAGAAUCAAAAUGAGGAACUCUUCAAAAGGAAACAAGAAGACCAGUUCAUAAUUGAAAAGCUUCAUCAAGAACUUGAGGAGCAAAUUAAGAAACAUGCCUUAUUGCUUGAACAACACACAAAAGAUGAUUGUGACUUAGCAUAUCUCAAAGGAGAAUUGAAAACCAAAGAACAAGAACAGCAAAAUAUGAAGAGUGUGAUUAAAGACUUGCAAAAUGAACUUGAAGAAAAGGAGAAAGAAGGAAAGUCUUUGCAACAAAAGAUACACAGUUUUGAUGAGGAUGCCAUUAAAGAGAGAGAACUGCACAAAAUUGAGAUGGGUGAGUUGACUGCAAAAUAUGAUGAGAAGUUGCAGGGACUACAGCAGCAGCUAGAUGAAAGAACUAGCCAUAUAAAAGUUUUGGAAGAAACCUCAGAAGAAAAGACCAAAUCAGUCCUUGAGCUUCAGAAACUGCUUGAUGAGAUGCAGACCCAGCAAAAGGAUUUGCAAGGUAAACUGGAAAUGAUUGAGCGGGAGAAACAGAAACAGCACAAAGAACUGAUUAAGCUGCAGAAGGAUUUGCGUACACUGCGGAAGGAGCAUCAGCAAGAACUGGAGAUACUGAAGAAAGAAUCUUUGGAAGAAAUGGAACAAAAAAUAAAAUAUGAACAGGAGGACAUUGAAUUGAAGCACAACUCCACGCUAAAGCAGUUAAUGAGGGAAUUCAAUACUCAGCUGGCACAAAAGGAUCAGGAAAUAGAAACAGCUGUAAAAGAAACUAUCAGUAAAGCCCAAGAAGUUGAAUCUGAACUGAUGGAAAGCCACCAUGCAGAGAUAACUCAGUUAAAUAAAAAGAUCCUAGAAAAGGACGAUGACCUACGAAGGACAGUUCAAAAGUAUGAAGAAAUACUUCAGGCACGAGAGGAAGAAAUGACAGGAAGGGUAACUGAACUGGAGAAACAGCUGGAAAAAUUACAAGAGGAGUACAAACAAAGGCUGGCAGAUGAAGAAAGCUGGAACAGUGGUGAAAUUACAAUAGCAGAACUUCAGGCCCAGCUAGCUCAGAAAACAACACUUGUGAAUGAUUCCAAACUAAAGGAACAGGAAUUCAAAGAACAGAUUCAUACACUACAAGACCGGUUGAAAAAUUAUGAGAAGAGCAUGUAUGUCACAACAGUUGAAACUCCUUACAGAGAUAUGAACCUCUGUCAUUCAGAUGUGUCUCUCUUUGGUGAACCAACAGAGUUUGAAUACUUAAGGAAGGUGCUGUUUGAGUAUAUGAUGGGCCGUGAGACAAAGACAAUGGCAAAGGUCAUAACUACAGUGCUAAAAUUCCCUGCUGACCAAACACAUAAGAUACUGGAACGAGAAGAUGCACGGACACAGUCCUGGUUAUGAUCAUCUUCCUGAAGAACUUGUGGCACAUGCACUUUGUAGCAGAAGACACUGCUUUCAAAUCAGAUCAUAUCGCCACCUUAGUUUAUUGGAGAACGGAUUAGAGAAGAACUGUUAUUCAGAGUCCCACAUGAAAGGAGCAAAACAAAGAAUACUCAUGGGUUAGGAGCUAGUGCCAUGAAUAUGGUUAAGCCUUGGGGAGAGAGUCUUUAUCAGGUGAUGAGUGCUUAAUCUAGACACAGUUUUCUAUUUUGUUAUGGAGUUUUUUUUAAGAUGAAUGAAACUGAAAUGCUUGCCUCACUGCAAUAUCUCAACACAGAUUUUACAGGAUGUCUCUAAAAGAAUUAAUAGUUCAACUCUCCUAUUUAUUUUAUUACAUUUUUUGACUGAAAUAAUUGUGCAAUACACUUUGGGUGGGUAGUGGGUAGACCUUGGUGAUUUACCUGGUAAGUUAAGUCAUUGUUGACUCUUUCCCCCCUCCCAAUUUAAUCUAUUGAUUGUUUGGUGAAGGCCAUUUCUUUUAAGCUUUUGCUUACAAUGAAUCCACAUUGCAGUACCUCAUUUGUUUAUUCCUAGCUUUUGUACUUAUAUUUUGUGGGGAAGAAAUUUACACUCCUGUAAAUUGUAAAUAGUUACAACCUAAUUGUAUCAUAAGCUGAUCUCUGACUGUUGGCAGUGCUAAUCUUGCAGAGCGGGAGAAAAUAAAACUUCUAUUUACUGUACAAAGCUGCAA